AAGCCUUCGCCUCCAUUGCUAAGCACAUAACCAAAAACCUCAAAGCUCCGUCGGGAGAGAGAGAGAGAGAGAGAGGAAGAGAGGAAGAGACAAAGAGAAAGAGAAGGGUUUCAAAAGGAAGAACCCUAAUCUACACGCAGAAAUGUCGGGCUGGGAUGAAGGAGGAAUCUACUACAGCGACCAAGCGCAGUCCCUUGGUGAUGGAACCGGCAUCGGCCGAAGCGGAGAUGCCGACGACAAGGCCACUCAUCACUCGGUUCUUCGCAAAUUCAAGGAGUUCAUUCGUGGAUUUGAAGCCGACAAGAAUGUUUUCCCUUACAGAGAGAGCCUUCUCCACAAUCCAAAGUAUCUUCGCGUUGAUAUGGAGGAUGUUAACGCUUUCGACUCCGAUCUUCCGGCGAAGCUUCGAUCUGCUCCUGCCGAUUUCUUGCCCCUGUUUGAGACUGCUGCAGGCGAGGUUUUAAUGAAUCUGAAGACGAAGGUGGCUGGUGAGACUGGAGAAAUGGUGGAGCCCGUGCCUGGGGAUAUUCAAAUUCUGCUAACAUCGAAGGAGGAUCCGAUCUCCAUGCGGUCCCUUGGGGCACAGUACAUUUCAAAACUUGUUAAAAUAUCUGGAAUCACAAUAGCUGCGUCAAGGACCAAGGCAAAGGCAACAUAUGUGACCUUAAUUUGUAAAAACUGCCGAAGUACAACUCGAGUUCCGUGUCGACCAGGACUUGGAGGGGCAAUAGUCCCUCGAUCAUGUAAUCAUAUUCCUCAGGCAGGAGAAGAACCAUGCCCACUGGAUCCCUGGAUCGUGGUUCCUGACAAGAGUAUGUACGUUGAUCAACAGACUCUAAAAUUGCAGGAAAACCCAGAAGAUGUCCCAACUGGGGAACUUCCUAGGAACAUGCUUCUAUCAGUAGAUCGCCAUCUUGUUCAAACAAUUGUCCCAGGCACUAGAUUGACCAUUAUGGGGAUAUACAGUAUCUACCAAGCUGCCAAUUCUUCUACGUCCCACAAAGGAGCAGUUGCCAUUAGACAGCCUUAUAUCAGGGUUGUAGGCAUUGAAGAAACUAAUGAAGCUAACUCUCGUGGUCCUGCGUCCUUCACAACAGAAGAUAUAGAAGAGUUCAAAAAGUUUGCAGCAGAGCCCGAUGUCUAUAAAAGCAUAUGUUCAAAGAUAGCCCCCUCUAUAUUUGGUCACGAUGAUGUGAAGAAGGCCGUGGCUUGUCUCCUAUUUGGAGGAUCCAGGAAGAAUUUGCCAGAUGGGGUUAAGUUAAGAGGUGACAUUAAUGUAUUACUCUUGGGGGACCCGUCUACAGCUAAAUCCCAGUUUCUCAAGUUUGUUGAGAAGACAGCUCCAGUUGCUGUUUAUACUUCUGGAAAAGGUUCAUCAGCUGCUGGUCUUACAGCUUCAGUGAUACGAGAUAGCAGCUCUCGAGAGUUUUAUCUUGAAGGAGGUGCUAUGGUUUUGGCUGAUGGAGGUGUUGUCUGCAUUGAUGAGUUUGACAAGAUGAGAUCAGAGGAUAGAGUUGCUAUUCAUGAAGCCAUGGAACAACAGACAAUAUCAAUUGCCAAAGCAGGAAUAACAACGGUUCUUAAUUCCAGAACCUCAGUGCUUGCCGCUGCUAAUCCUCCAUCGGGACGUUAUGACGAUCUUAAGACAGCACAGGAUAACAUCGAUUUGCAGACAACAAUUCUCUCCAGAUUUGAUUUAAUUUUCAUUGUUAAAGAUAUAAGGAUGUACAGUCAAGAUAAGAUUAUAGCAAGCCACAUAAUAAAAGUUCAUGCAUCUGCUGACGCAACCUUGGGUGAAAAUAGAGCUUCUAAAGAAGAGAAUUGGCUGAAGAGGUAUAUUCAAUAUUGUCGAACUCAGUGUUAUCCCCGUUUGUCCGAAUCUGCUUCUACAAUGCUGCAGAAUAACUAUGUUAAAAUCAGACAGGACAUGAGACAACAAGCAAACGAAACAGGGGAGGCUGCUGCAAUUCCGAUUACAGUAAGGCAGCUGGAAGCUAUUGUUAGAUUAAGCGAGGCACUUGCAAAAAUGAAGUUGUCGCAUGUUGCAACCGAGGAAAAUGUGCAGGAAGCUAUCAGACUUUUUACUGUGUCCACGAUGGACGCAGCACGUUCUGGGAUUCAUCAGCAAGUAAAUCUGACUCCUGAAAUUGCUAAUGAAAUAAAGCAAGCAGAAACACAGAUAAAAAGAAGAAUAGGAAUUGGCAACCACAUAUCUGAGAGAAGGCUGAUUGACGAGCUCACCAAAAUGGGGAUGAACGAGUCAAUUGUGAGAAGAGCUCUGAUUAUUAUGCACCAGAGAGAUGAAGUUGAAUAUAAAAGAGAAAGGCGCGUCAUUUUCCGCAAGGCGUGAUCAUGAUAAGUUAAUUCUUAUAUUGUGCCUUCGCAUUGACAUGAUGAUAUACUUCUGACCUCCUUUAUAUUUGUAGCAAAUGAUAUUUGUUGUAAACCAGAAACAUCAGUAAAGUGGCAUUUUAAUCUUCUCACUCCCAAUUACAAAAGCUCCUAAAGCUAGAAUUUAGAAAGAGAGAAUUACUAGUGUUGUCACUGGUGAAGGAUCAAGAAUUCAAGAUGGUGUACUUUUCUGUGCUGCCUCAAUUAUUAUUAUUAUUAUUUUGCCCAAAGGUGGCACCUCUA